AUGAAGCUCCUGGGGAUUGCUGCCUUUUUCCUAGCUGUACUCUGUGUUUGCACUGUAGGAGGAGAUGGUAUUCCACCCAGUUCCACUUGUGCAACCACAUCUACACCAACAACAAAAGCUGUAAUGGAAGCUGUGAGCACAUCAACCUUGCAAUCAACAUCAUUGCAAAUGUCAGUGCUGACAACUGAAAACAGAACUACAAAUGAAUCCAUCACAAGUGACUCCACAUCUUCUUCACCUAAUGCUACACAACAAAUAACACAAGAUACAACAACACAACUACCAGUAAAAGCGACAACUACAACAGCAGAAAAAAGUGACAGCACAACAAACACUACACAAGCAAGUGUAACACAGUUGACACGCAAUGAGAGUUUGGAUGCUUCAUCUACUACGAGACAGUCUUUUUCAUCUACAAUCUCUCUACAAAAAACCACUUCUGCUCCUGGAACCUCAGGCCUUCAUGUGAGCUCCCCCACAGAAUUGACAACUUUUGGCAGUACUGGAAGCAUUUCUGGAAACAAGAAUGCGGCCGGGAGUGAUAUCCACUAUUCUAGCGUUAUCUUGCCAGUUGUCAUUACCUUGAUAGUCAUUACCCUCUCUGUCUUCUCGCUGGUGGCUUUGUACAGAAUGUGCCAGAAGAAAACGCCAGAGAGACAAGAGAACGGCACUGAACAGGUCCAGUCAGAUAAAGAAGGAGUCAAACUUCUUUCUGUGAAGACAACUUCUCCUGAGACUGGAGAGCACUCAUCUCAGGGGAAGAAUAAAACUCGGCAACUCUUUACACCUCAGCAAUAA